AUGAACCGCGAGGUGUUCAUCGACGACCACCUGAUUCCGCUGCGGAUCUUCUACCAGCGACACCACACUGAUCCAGACAACGGGCUAAGCGACGAGCGCGCCGCGCUGCUGCUCUCCAUGUACGGGCCCAACAAGCUCAAGAGACCGCCGCAGGAGAACAAGUUCAUCAGAUUCCUGAAGAACUUCUUCGGCGGCUUCGCGGUGAUGCUGUGGGUGGGCUCGCUGCUGUGCUUCAUCACGUUCAGCAUCCAGAGCAUCGAGGCGGACUACGACCACCUGUACCUGGGCAUCGUGCUGGUCACGGUGGUGAUCAUCACGGGGCUCUUCACGCACUACCAGCAGAGCAAGAGCGGCAAGGUGCUGGAGGCGUUCCAGAGCAUGCUGCCCGAGCAGGCCACCGUCAUCCGCGACGGCCGCAAGCUGGUCGUGUCCGCCGAGGACAUCGUGCUGGGGGACGUGGUCGACCUCAGGGCGGGCGACAAGGUGCCGGCCGACAUGCGCAUCAUCGAGUGCCAGGGCCUCAAGGUAGACAACUCGUCGCUGACGGGCGAGUCGGAGCCGCAGCCGCGCACGACGGAGCCGACGAGCGACGUGCCGUUCAACACGCACAACAUGGCCUUCUACUCGACGCUCGUCGUGUCGGGCACGGGCCGCGGCGUCGUCGUCAGCUGCGGCGACUCGAGCGCCAUGGGCCGCAUCGCCGAGCUGACGUCGGGGCUGAAGUCGGCCGAGACGCCGAUCGCGCGCGAGAUCAAGCACUUCGUGCGCCUCAUCACCUGGGUCGCCAUCGCCGCCGGCUUCGUCAUCGGCGCGCUGUCGCUCGGCAUGGGCUACCACUGGCUCGACGCCGUCGUCAUCCUGAUCGGCAUCAUCGUGGCCAACGUGCCCGAGGGCCUGCUCGUCACCGUCACGGUCUGCCUGACGCUGUCGGCGCAGCGCAUGGCGCGCAAGAACUGCCUCGUCAAGCACCUGGAGGCGGUCGAGACGCUGGGCUCGACGUCCGUCAUCUGCUCCGACAAGACGGGCACGCUCACGCAGAACCGCAUGACGGUGUCGCACGUGUGGUUCGAGGGCGAGGUGAUGGCCGUGGACACGAGCGCCGAGCCGCGCUUCGACAACCUCGACGUCGCCGACGGGCAGUUCCUGGCGCUGGCGCGCGUCGCCAUGCUGUGCAGCCGCGCCGAGUUCGACGCGGAGCAGCUGGACCUGCCCGUGUACGCCCGCCGCGUCUUCGGCGACGCCUCGGAGACCGCCAUCCUCAAGUUCCUCGAGGCGGCCCUCGGCGGCGUCGAAGAGUACCGCCAGCAGCACCAGAAGGUCUUCGAGAUACCCUUCUCGUCAGACACCAAGUACCAGGUCUCGGUGCACCGGACGAAGGAGGACGGGCCCUCGGAGUACCUGAUGGUGAUGAAGGGCGCCCCGGAGCGGCUGCUGGAGCGCUGCACCAGGGUGUUGAUGGGGGAGGAGGAGCACGUCCUGGACCACAAGUGGCGGCUGGCCUGCCAGGAGGCGUACGGCCAGAUGAUGGCCAUGGGCGAGCGCGUGCUCGGCUUCUGCGACCUGGCGCUGCCCCCAGACACCUACAAGCGCGGGUACGUCUUCGACGCCGAGAAGCAGAACUUCCCGCAAACGGGCAUGCGCUUCGUGGGCUUCAUGUCGCUCGUCGAUCCACCGCGCCCCGGAGUUCUCGAGGCGGUGCGCAAGUGCCGGUCGGCGGGCAUCCGCGUGAUCAUGGUGACGGGCGACCACCCCACGACGGCGGCGGCGAUCGCGCGCGCCGUGGGCAUCUUCACGGUGCAGCACAGCUUCGACUCGGGGGCGGCGCGGCGGUACGCGGAGGGGGCGCCAACGCCCGCCGGUUCGGGCCACCACCUGGCGCACGGCGGCCAGACGCCCGCCGGCUCCCACCAGGACCUGCCCGGGCAGGCGCCGGGCCUGGGGCAGGCGGUGGCGCGCCACCCCUCGCUGCUGCAGGACCUCGCCACCUCCGUGGCGGCGCGCUACCCCUCUCUCGUCUACGAGCCGUACGCGGGCAUCACGCGCCAGCCGUCGCUGCUGUCGGAGCGGCCGACCCGCGACUCCAACUGGCCGCCGCUCACCGCGCCCGGCCGGCAGGCGUCCCUCUUCCCGCAGCAGGACCAGCUGUCGCGGCAGGGGUCGCUGCUGUUCCCACCCACCUCCCAGCCGCGCACCGCCGCCCUCAUACAUGGCGACGACCUCCGCGACUGGUCGUCGGAGGAGCUGGACAACAUCCUGAGCACGUACGACGAGUUCGUGUUCGCGCGCACGUCGCCCACGCAGAAGCUGAGCAUCGUGGAGAGCUGCCAGCGCCUGGGCUACAUCGUGGCCGUCACAGGCGACGGCGUCAACGACGCGCCCGCGCUCAAGCAGGCAGACAUCGGCGUCGCCAUGGGAGUCACCGGCUCGGACGUCGCCAAGCAGGCAGCGGACAUGAUUUUGCUUGAUGACAACUUCGCUACCAUCGUCACAGGCGUAGAGGAGGGUCGUGUGAUUUUUGACAACCUCAAGAAAUCCAUUGCAUACACAUUGACCUCCAACACGCCAGAGAUGCUUCCUUUCGCCGUUAGCGUCCUCGCAAAGGUGCCGCUGCCUCUGGGCAUAAUGGCGAUCCUGUGCAUCAACAUCGGCACCGACCUGUGGCCGGCCAUCUCGCUGGCGUACGAGCAGGCGGAGCAGGACAUAAUGAUGCGCCGGCCGCGGGACCCGGUGCGCGACAAGCUGGUCAACUCCCGCCUCAUCUGCAUCGCCUACCUGCACAUCGGGCAGCUGCAGGCUGCCGCCGGCUUCUUCGCCUACUUCACCGUCAUGGCACUCAACGGCUUCAUGCCCUGCCGCCUCUUCGGCCUCCUCGAGGAGUGGAACGCGAAGGGCAUCAAGGACCUGCAGGACUCGUGGGGCCGCGAGUGGACGUUCGAGGCGCGCAAGGACCUGGAGUACAUGUGCCACACGGCGUUCUUCGUGGCCAUCGUGGUGGUGCAGUGGGCCGACCUGCUGAUCUGCAAGACGCGCAAGGUGUCGCUGCUGCAGCAGGACAUGCGCAACUGGCCGCUCAACCUGGGGCUGCUCGUGUGCUCGGGCCUGGCGUGCUUCAUGGUGUACACGCCCGGCGUCAACACGACGCUGCGCCUGCGCCCGCUGCGGCCCGAGCUGUGGCUGUGCGGCGUGCCCUGGGCGCUGCUCAUCCUCUUCUACGACGAGGCGCGCCGCUACCUCAUCCGCAAGCACCCGGGCGGCUGGGUGGACCGCGAGUUCUACUACUGA